AUGGGAUUACAUUAUAUUCUUACAGCAUCCUUAACUAAGGGUAACUAUAAAUCUCUAUUAGCUCACGAUCUCCUGAAAGUUGCAGUUCUUGACAAGCUAUUAACAAAUAAUUCACCAACAUAUUUCUUGAUUAGUAGUAUAAUUAAUAGUCUUAUUUGUAACUAUUACAAAUGCUAUGACACUGAACUAUAG